AUUGGCAAGCACAGUGGCCCUGGAAUAUCAAGAUAUAGUCAUGAUCCCGGCCCUUAAAUUAAAAAAAAAAAAAAAAAAAAUGAAAAAAGUGUUGUGGGGAAGAAACUAUUAGCAUUCUGGCCUCUUCCAGCCUCUUGUUGGAUUGCAUUCCUGUCACUCAAAGUCAGAGAGGUGGGCUCUUAGGUCCUAUCCAAUCAGGGAUGCUCCAAUAUGAACUGUGUUCAAUCAGACGCACAGUCAGAAAGAAGAACGCAACACCGGGGAUUCUGAGAAGCAUUUGUCUCUGGAGCUGGACUGGGAACAGAGGACUCCUCUCCACCGGUUUCAUUCCUCUAGAUCUCAUGUGUCUCUACAGCAGACUCUGUCAUCCUGCGACCUGCUUGUACUGAGAGAUCUGUGAGGAGGAUAUCAGGACAUCCUAGAGCUGAAAAAUGGGUGUGUUGACAUUCAAGGACGUGUCUAUUGAAUUCUGCAUGGAUGAGUGGGCCUGCCUGGACCCUGCUCAGCAGCAUUUGUAUCGGGAAGUCAUGUUAGAAACCUACAGAAACCUGGUCUUCCUGGGUCUUGCUGUCUCUAAGCCAGAGCUCAUCACCUGUCUGGAGCAAAGCAAAGAACCCUGGAAGGUGAAGACACAGCAGACACUAGUCAAGCAUCCAGAUCAUAAGAUAAUUCAUACUGGAGAAAAGCAGUACAAAUGCAAAGAAGGUAAACAAGUCUUUGAAUCUAGCUCAAGACUCCAUAAUGGAGAGAAUCUCAACAAGUGUAAAAAUGACGACAAAUGUCUUAGGAACAGUACAAAGUAUCGUAACGGUAAGAUUUUUGAUACUGUUGAAACAUUCUGCAACUAUAACAAAUGUGACAAAAUUAUCAAGCAGUACUCACAUAUUUAUGGUGAUAAAAUAAUUCAUUCUGAAGAGAAACCCUACAAAAGUCAAGAUUGUGGCAAAGCCUUUAAACAGUACUCAAGCAUUUCUGGACAUAAAAGAAUUCAUUCUAGGGGGAAACCAUACAAAUGUGAAGAAUGUGGCAAAGACUUUAACCAUUACUCAAACCUUUCUGAACAUCAAAGAAUUCACACUGGAGAGAAACCCUACAAAUGUCAAGAAUGUGGCAAAGCCUUUAACCGCCACUCACAACUUUCUGGACAUCAAAGAAUUCACUCUGGAGAGAGACCCUACAAAUGUCAAGAAUGUGGCAAAGCCUUUAACCAUCACUCAAACCUUUCUGCACAUCAAAGAAUUCACUCUGGAGAGAAACCCUACAAAUGUCAAGAAUGUGGCAAAGCCUUUAACCAGUACUCAAGCCUCUCUGUACAUCAAAUAAUUCACUCUGGAGAGAAACCCUACAAAUGUAAAGUAUGUGGCAAAGCCUUUAGCCAGUACUCAAGCCUCUCUGUACAUCAAAGAAUUCACUCUGAAGAGAAACCCUACAAAUGUCAAGAAUGUGGCAGAGCCUUUAAUCAUUACUCAAGCCUUUCUGUACAUCAAAGAAUUCACUCUGGAGAGAGACCCUACAAAUGUCAAGAAUGUGGCAAAGCCUUUAACCAGUACUCAAGCCUCUCUGUACAUCAAAGAAUUCACUCUGGAGAGAAACCCUACAAAUGUAAAGUAUGUGGCAAAGCCUUUAGCCAGUACUCAAGCCUCUCUGUACAUCAAAGAAUUCAUUCUGGACAGAAACCCUACAAAUGUCAAGAAUGUGGCAAAGCCUUUAACCGGCACUCACACCUUUCUGCUCAUCAAAAAAUUCACUCUGGAGAGAAACCCUAUAAAUGUCAAGAAUGUGGCAAGGCAUUUAACCGCCACUCAUACCUUUCUGUACAUCAAAGAAUUCACUCUGGAGAGAAACCCUACAAAUGUCAAGAAUGUGGCAAAGCCUUUAAAGAUCAGGGAAGCUUUUCUACACAUCAAAGAAUUCACUCUGGAGAGAAACCCUACAAAUGUAAAGAAUGUGGCAAAGCCUUUACCUGCAAGUCACACCUCUCUACACAUCAAAGAAUUCACUCUGGAGAGAAACCCUACAAAUGUCAAGAAUGUGGAAAAACCUUUAACUGUUCCUCAAACCUUUCUGUACAUCAAAGAAUACACUCUGGAGAGAAACCCUACAAAUGUCAAGAAUGUGGCAAAGCCUUUAACCGCCACUCACACCUUUCUGCACAUCAAAGAAUUCACUCUGGAGAGAAACCCUACAAAUGUCAAGAAUGUGGCAGAGCCUUUACCAAUUCCUCAGGCCUCUCUGUACAUCAAAGAAUUCACUCUGGAGAGAAACCCUACAAAUGUCAAGAAUGUGGCAAAGCCUUUAACCAGUACUCAAGCCUCUCUGUACAUCAAAGAAUUCACUCUGGAGAGAAACCCUACAAAUGUAAAGUAUGUGGCAAAGCCUUUAGCCAGUACUCAAGCCUCUCUGUACAUCAAAGAAUUCACUCUGAAGAGAAACCCUACAAAUGUCAAGAAUGUGGCAGAGCCUUUAAUCAUUACUCAAGCCUCUCUGUACAUCAAAGAAAUCACACUGGAGAGAAACCCUACAAAUGUAAAGUAUGUAGCAAAGCCUUUAGCCAGUACUCAAGCCUCUCUGUACAUCAAAGAAUUCACUCUGAAGAGAAACCCUACAAAUGUAAAGAAUGUGGCAGAGCCUUUAACCAUAACUCAAGCCUCUCUGUACAUCAAAGAAUUCACUCUGGAGAGAAACCCUACAAAUGUCAAGAAUGUGGCAAAGCUUUUAACUGCCACUCAUACCUUUCUGCACAUCAAAAAAUUCACUCUGCAGACAAAACCUACAAAUGUCAAGAAUGUGGCAAAGCCUUUAAAGAUCAGAGAAGCUUUUCUACACAUCAAAGAAUUCACUCUGGAGAGAAACCCUACAAAUGUCAAGAAUGUGGCAGAGCCUUUAACCAUUACUCAAGCCUCUCUGUACAUCAAAGAAUUCAUUCUGGAGAGAAACCCUACAAAUGUCAAGAAUGUGGCAAAGCCUUUAACCGGCACUCACACCUUUCUGCUCAUCAAAAAAUUCACUCUGGAGAGAAACCCUAUAAAUGUCAAGAAUGUGGCAAGGCAUUUAACCGCCACUCAUACCUUUCUGUACAUCAAAGAAUUCACAAUGGAGAGAAACCCUACAAAUGUCAAGAAUGUGGCAAAGCCUUUAAAGAUCAGGGAAGCUUUUCUACACAUCAAAGAAUUCACUCUGGAGAGAAACCCUACAAAUGUAAAGAAUGUGGCAAAGCCUUUACCCGCAAGUCACACCUCUCUACACAUCAAAGAAUUCACUCUGGAGAGAAACCCUACAAAUGUCAAGAAUGUGGAAAAGCCUUUAACCAGUCCUCAAGCCUCUCUGUACAUCAAAGAAUUCACUCUGGAGAGAAACCCUACAAAUGUCAAGAAUGUGGAAAAGCCUUUAAUGAUUAUGCAAGCUUUUCUAGACAUCGAAGUAUUCACUCUGGAAAGAAACCCUACAAAUGUCAGGAAUGUGGCAAAGCCUUUAAACAUUACUCAAGCCUCUGUGUACAUCAAAGAAUUCACUCUGGAGAGAAACUCUACAAAUGUCAAGAAUAUGGAAAAGCCUUUAACCAGCACUCAAACCUUUCUGAACAUCAAAGAAUUCAUUCUGGACAAAAGCUUUCCAAAUUUAAAAAAUGUGGUAAAGCCUUUUAACUCAGUUCAACUCGCAGUAAACAUCAAAGAAUUUCUUGUGGAGAGAAACUCUAAAAAUAUGAAGAAUGUGGCAAGGCAUUUACACUGUAUUCCACCCUUUCUGUACAUCAAAGAAUUCAUUUUUGAGAGAAACUGCAA